GAUGAUAAUAAAAAUAAAAAACACACUUAUUCUUUGAGCGGAGCUACACAGCCAGUCGAAGUUCCUGGGGCCCUCCGGUUCGCUCCGUCAUUUGCGCGCUGCGAAAACUGCGUCCUCCACUUUUGGUGUCGAGUGAGAGAGCGUUGCGAGUUGACUGAUCUUGUCUCAUCCGUGAAGGGACCAACCAACCCACCCACCCCACCCACCCCUCUUCCCCUCCCUCCAUCAUCAACAUCAUCCCCCCCACCACCACCAACCCCAUCACCCUCACCCCCCCCCACGACGUCCCACAAACUCGGAAUGCACCGCAUUACGGUUUAAUCAUGCGGGAAUUCUUCAUUAUUCAUUUGAAGAUAAUCUUUUACAAACGAUAUUUCGCAUGGAGAAGUAGGCGUCAGCUACUCGCUCAAGGCAUGUGCACUGGCUAACCACAGCAUCUGGGCAAAAGCAUGCCAGGUGCAUCCUUACAGCCCGCGCUCUCAACUCCACACCUUCACCACAGGGACCUGCAGGGAAGCAUCAGUACCUGCAGUAGCACCUCCAGCAACAGCAACAGCCGUGCAUUUUGCGAGCCGCAGCAGCCGAUGGAGGGCGGCUCCAACGAGAACUUGAAAGCGCUGAGAUCCUCGGCGAUCGGGGGAGGUGGCGGCGGCGGCGGCAUCGGUGGCAUCAUCUUGCCGGGCGACAGCGGGCAGCCACACUCCGCCCCGCGCAAGCUGCUCAAGUACCCGUGCGGCAUCUGCGGCAAGCGCUUCCGCUUCAACAGCAUCCUGUCGCUGCACAUGCGCACGCACACGGGCGAGAAGCCCUACCAGUGCCCCUUCUGCGACCACCGCGCCGCGCAGAAGGGCAACCUCAAGAUCCACCUGCGCACCCAUCGGGCCGGCGGUAACAACGGCGGGAACAACGGCGGUAGCAACGGCGGUCAUGGCGGCUGCGGCGACGGCGACGGCGGACCCGCUUCGGAGGUCGGCCCCCUCUCCGGGUCUCCGGCGUGCGACGGCGCCGCCGUCCGGAGCAAAGAGGCGGAGCGGCUGCUGAACGAGCUCCGUGAGCGCGCCAUCCUCCGCGAGCGGCAGCUCAAGAGGGCGGCCGCGGCGCCCGCCGGGGUUUGCGGCGGCGGCGGCGGCGGUGCGUUGGUGUCGCCGCAGGCGCCGCCCGUCGUCGCCGCACUGCCCGGUCGCGCCAGGCUGGUGGGCGCCGCCGCCAAGGACGCUGCCGGCGGCGGCGGUGCUGGCUACGGGCUCGGCCGAGAGCUUGGCAUGAACGCGAUGGCCGUGGAGAGGGAACACGGCACGGGGAAAGUAGCGGCGGCGGCGACGACGACGGUGGCUGCGGCGGUGGUGGCAGCGUUCAAGUGCCCGUUCUGCCGCGGCAAGUUCCGCACGCAGGAGGAGCUGGAGAGGCACCAGCGCAUCCUGCACCUCCCCUACAAAUGCUCGCAGUGCGAUUUCGCCGCAGCGCGGGAGACGGACUUGCUGCGGCACCUAGAGGGACACAACGGCGUCGUCGCCGCCGCCGCCACCGGCACCACGGCCGUGGAGAGAAGCGCCGAGACGCGGGGAGCCCCAGCGGGUGCCGCCGAUGAGCAGACGUGCUGCGGAAUUUGCGGCCAGCGCUUCGCCCAGGCCUGGUUCCUCAAGAGCCACAUGCGCAAGCACAAGGACUCGUUUGAGCACGCCUGCGAGGUGUGCGGACGCCGCUUCAAGGAGCCGUGGUUCCUCAAGAACCACAUGCGCGUGCACGGAGGCGGCGCCGGCGUCGGCGGUGGCGGCGCGGGGAGGAAGCCUGCCGACGGCGACCCUCGGACCGCCACGGUGAACGGCGUCGCGCAGGCCAUGCCGUCCGUGUCGGCCAGCGCCUACGCGGCGUGCCACGCCUGCGGCUCGCUCUUCGCCAACAGGAGCAGCCUGCUGGCGCACAGCUGGUGCCACCACGCCGCCACCGCGGAGGAGGAGGGGGCCACGGAGUCGGGGCGGCACGGAGCCACGGCGGCGACGGCCUCCAAGGCCGGUUUCCUGCAGACGUUCGGCCUGCUGCCUCCCGUGGCGCCCAGGCGAGGCCCCAACAAGGGACCCAUCCCCGAGCUGAACCCCAUGAACAGCUUCCAGGCAUGGCAGCUGAUGACGACGGGCGCCAUAAUGGAGCCGGCGUGCGCCGCGGCGACCUGCGAGGAGGAGGGUGCGGACGACGAGGACUCGGGCGACGGAGCGGAGGCAGCGGCUGAGCGCAACGGCCCGGCACUCGCCGGCGCGCGAGCCAAGAUCGUGCUGGCCACGAGGGCCAAGCGCAAGCCCGACAUGCUGAGGGCCAAAGAGCUGAACUCGAAACGCCCGCGGUGCCAGGACGUCGCGACGGACAACCGGGGCGAAGAGCGCGGUGCGGGAAAAGUGGACGAGCAGCCACCGCCGCCACCGCCGCCGCCGCCGCCAUCGUCAUCGCUGCGUUUGGAACCAGUAGAGAAGCCGCCGUCCGUGGACGCGGGUGAGGAGGUGGGUGCCGACGAGGAAGUCGCCGUGCUGUCGUUUUGCGAUGAGGUGAAAGCAGCCGGAGGUCUGGAGAGCUCUGAGAAUGAGCAAAGAGGCGAGAGUUUGGAACUGCAGCUCAACAGCUUGAUUGAGAAGCUUCGCAUUAGCUCUUGCGAUAACGCCGUUUGCAAGGCCAUCUCCGUAUCGGAGGACAACAAAAACACGGAGGAGGAGGAGCCAGAGGAGGAGGAGGAGGCAGAAGAAGAAGAGGAAGAGCAGGAGGAGGAGGAAACCUCGCCGCCAAGUAAGGGUUUUGACGCAGCUUCAGACGAGAAGGCAGCCUCAGAAUCGGGAGCCGCCCCCCGGGAUCCAAAUCUCCUGAGAGGAGAAUCGGCGGGACGCUCGGAUCGCGACGUGGUGACCGCGGAUCUCGAGAGCGAGAACGAAAUACCGCGGCUGCCUAACCGGAGAGAGGGCGGCGCCAUCGUGGAUGGUGACGCGAGGUCGUCGAGCGACGAGAGCCCGGAGCGCGGAAUCGAGGAGACGCCGGGGACCAACCCGGGCUCCGACGGGAGUCGCCCGGAUUCGGCAAGCCGAGCCAGCACCCCGGAGUCGAGCGGCGUUGUCGCGGCCGCGGAGAUGGAGCCGGAUCAGUCGGAGAAAGAGGAGCGCAGCAGCCCCUGCCGUGCCUACACCGCCACGGGUGAAUCGCUUGGUACGGCAGCCUCUAAAGUGGAAGGUCACGGUUCAAGGGGCAGAGGUCGCGGGUCAACGCCAAAGGACUGUCCGUUUUGUGGAAAAACUUUCCGCACGUCCAACCACCUCAAAGUCCACCUGAGGGUGCACACAGGUGAGAAGCCAUACAAGUGCCCCCACUGCGUGUACGCCGGGACCCAGCCCUCGUCCCUCAAAUACCACCUGGAGCGACACCACCCUUCGGCCCAGUGCGGCGCUAGCCCCGACGUUGCAGACUACGAUGACGCGACACCUGCACAGCAGCCACCGCCACCGCCGCCCCCACCGCCGCCACCACCUCCACCGCCACCACCGCCACCGCCGCCGCCUGCACCGGCCGACACCCAGGUACCACGACCUCUGGCUUCAAAUCCCGUGGAUCCAAACUCCGGAAAACCGCCCUCCUUUGCCCCUCGGCCUGGAAAGCUCCAGAGCCUUGGGCGGGGCUUUGUCAGCGGUGGCCACUCGAAAGGAAUGGGUCCAGCGGCCGCGCAAGCGCAGGCCGGCAGCGGCGGUGGCAGCGGUGGCGCUGGCGCAGAGAUCCGCCGAGAGGGCGACGUGAAAGCAGAGGAGCGCGACGCAUCGCGGCCGCUCUCGGAGCACGGCGCGCUCACCAAGCUGAUCUUCAGCUCGCCCGAGAUUUUCCAAAGCGUCAUCCUGUCCAACCUGGCGCAGGCGUACCGGGGCCUGGUCGGCAAUGGGCUGGACUCGGUCACCAAGUUCUACCAGAUGCUGCGCAACUCCAAGCUGGCCGCGUACGGUGACGGGAAGGCCUGCGCGGUAGGCCACGCGCCACCGAACAGCUCGACGGCGCAGGCCACGGACGUGAGCAACCGCGCGGACGACGACGGAAGCAAAUCGCACCGCAAGUCGGUGAGGGCGGACGCCGACCCGCCGAAGCGCGAUGUGUAUGAUGGCGCGCCGGCGAGUGCCGGCGGUGGCGGCGGCAAAGGUGUUGUUGAAUCGACCGGCUCGAGCGUCGCGGACGGCGAGAGUGUGCCCAACAACAAUGGGCUGCACAACGGUCAGGGACUCGGCACCUUCCGCCGGAAGCGCACGUUUGACAGCGACGGGCUGACGGUGCCCAACGGACUGCAGACGGAGCCGCUCGACCUAUCCAAGAAGGCGCACGCAGAGGCUGUGUCGCUCAAGCUCCCAGGCGAUGGGCCGUCACGUGGCGAGGCCUCAAGCACCGACACAUCAUCAUCGUCAUCGUCGUCAUCUUCGUCCUCAUCCUCCGGCCUCUCUACAGUCUCGCAGGACGGCCCGCUCUACCGCAGCCGCCCGUCCGGCGAACGCGAUGCGCCGUCGUCUUGGGCCGCGGCAUCCAUCUCAGAGGGGCAGCAGCAGCAGCAGCUGAGGCGAGCAGGGGCGGCCGCUGACCGCUCGCGAUCGCCCGGGCCCACCGAGGGCCCCAGCGGCGGCGCCGGAGCCGGCGGCUUGCCGACGGAGCGCCGCAGCGGCGCGCCGUGCGGGAGGGCGGGAGACGAGCGAGGCGGCGGCGGCGGCGCGGGCAGGCCGGCGGCGACAGCGACGGCGCACGCUCGCUCGCUGGCGAUCGGCUCGGCCGGGCAGCUCCUGUCGCUAUACGGCGGGCGGCUCGGCGUGGCCGGCCUCAACUGGAGGAGCGACGCAAACGGGUACAUGAAGAGCCACGUGCGUGGCCAGGGAGACCUCAUGUGCAAGCAGUGCGGCAAGGUGUUCAGCCAGCCCAGCCACCUGCGGACUCACCUGCGAUCACACACCGGCGAGCGCCCCUACCGCUGCCGGCACUGCCCCUACAGCGCCUCGCAGAAGGGAAACCUCAAGACGCAUGUGCAGUGCGUCCACCGGCUGCCCUUCGACAACAGCGAGUAUCCCGACCGCCGGUUCAAGCGGCUGCGGGGAGACAGCCCCCCACCUCUGCCCGGCGGGGACGCCGGGGGAGCCGAAGACUUCUCGGGCGACGGUCGCGCCAUGCUCGCCGCUGAGGAUGCUGCCGCCUCGGCCCCCUGCUCCUCGCCUGCCCUCCCUUGAAAAAAAAAAAAAUGCAUUCUAAAUAAUGAUGAGGAUGAUUGCGGCCCGAUUCACGCUGCGCUGCUCAUCGACGACAUCGACCGGAGGGCUCGUGGUCGCUGGUGGACUGGAGUGGGUGGCGUGUGAUGAGUGGCCACAGCCAUCGCGAGAGGUCUACUCGAUGUGGUGCGCCGGACACAGAAAAUAGUUUUCCGGGUCGCUGACUCAGAGAGACCCGUUCGAAAUCAAGCCUCGGAUGCGAUACGGCUGAAGGCAGAUGUAGUACCAAAACAUGAAUGGCUCUUAUCUAUGCCGACGCAAACCGGAGGUCGUUGCCCUGGGCUGUGGGACUGGCGAGUCUGACGCUGCCUUCGUUAUUGGAUUAAAAACAAAAAAA